AUGACGCUGCAGAUCGAGAAUGGCGAGCUCGACCAUGUACCGCCAAAACUCAAGAAGACGACGCCCAACUUCCACCUCCUCAUGCCAUCCGAACGCGAUACAGACGGCUUUUGCAAGACAACUCUGUCUGCUAUGCUUCUAAACUACCCUCCACCGACCGCAGUUCAGCUGUACACGUCGUACGAAUCAGACAUGGAAUUGGAGAGGGGUAUAUUGAACAGUACACUGCAUUACCUAAGUAAUGGGAAACUGGUCAAGGAUCAAGAUCUGAUACUCAUCGUGGAUGGCCAGCAAUCAUGGUUUCAGCUGCCAAGCGAUGUGAUCGUCACGCAGUAUAAGAAGUUGUUGGCAGAUGCCAACAUGCGGCUGCUGAAGAAGUAUGGCGUUAACAAAGAUGGUUUUCAGAAGUUUAAUCAGACGAUCGUAUUCGGUGCGGAGAAGAUGUGCCAAAGCGACGAUAUGGCCUGCAAGUACGUGCCCCAGUCGAUACUGCCAGACAGCACAUAUGGAACGGAGAACAGUAGACGUAUAUCCGAUACCCCAGCAAAGUUCAUCCAUUCAAAAAUGGUCAUGGGUCCAGCGAGCGACUUGAAGGCGCUAUAUCAGGUUGCGCUAGAGAAGUUCAUAGAAGGGAGAAGUCAGCCGCAGACGGUUCAGUCGGUAUUCACGACUCUGUUUGCCGAACAACAGCUGCGACGAGAUGCGGAGGAAGUGGCAUCGAAGCACACUGGUACAAAAGUUAAGGACUUCAUCACUGGUAGAGCAAGCAAGUUUGAGGCUGAGCGAAGACUGGAGCGUGCGAAUACCGAGCUCUUAAACACUACGCGACAUGAGUUUUCCAUUGGCUUGGACUACACACAUGCGCUUUUCCAGCCUUUGGAUUAUUGUGUCGAAGACGAACUCGUCUCUCUCUUACACGACAACUCGACCGACUUGUCGCAAUAUAGCCAUUCCGACUCAAAUACCCAGUACCUCUCCCUCCCAACCGCCCUCAAUGAGACCAAGCCUCCAUUCUGGCGUCCCGAUUUCGUUGAGCAUAACCCAUCUCCGAACGAGAAGCCAGCAUACAUCGACAAUCUUGAGUUCACUCUGGAACUUGAUGGCCUGCCGAGCCGCAAGCUACCUUGGGAAAGCGUUCCUCUUAUGCAGAACACAUACUCCGGUUCAGUGCCGGCCAUCAUCCUAAGCAGCUCUUCGCACCCCAGCAGCGAGCGUCCGCCAGUCGCAAACGUUAGCUGGGAUAACAUGUGGUAUGCAGAAUACAAACGGGCCAUGUUGAGAAAUUACUUCCGCGCCCCUCAGUCUCCGAAUGGAUACCACAACCACCUCGUGGGCGGUGAUCGCUACUGGGAUAACCGCGGUGGACGAGGUGGCAUAUGGACCGAGGCCGAGCAGAUCUGGCUACCCUGGGGCGAAGUCGACGGCGUUUGCGGGACCUUGCCACAACUAAAAGAAGUGUUCCAGGAUGGCAAGGGUGUGUGGCUGCAUGAACUGGAGCAGGAUAAUGAACAGGGUCGUCUUGAUGAACAAGAAGAGUAUCGGAAAGAGAAGGAGGAAGCACAACUAAAGGAUAUCAUGGAACUGAUGAAGUUGGAGAACGAGGAAAAAGAGAAACAUGAGAAAGAGCAGAAAGAAAAGAUCGACUUUGAGAGGCUGAAGGAGCUUGAGGAGACGCAGACUAAAGAGGGCAAGCAUGUUGAGAGGAGGAAGAAGAGAUGGGAUAUUGGUGAGGAGUGUGUGAGAUAUUGUUAG